CGCACAUAGCGUGAGUCUUACCCGCCCCCAACCGCCGAAAGCAGCCAUCCAAUUCCAACGCUCACGCUCACGCGACGCGCUCGGCUUCAUUCCUUCCUUUCCUAUAAAGACAUGGCCGAGCUUCUCGCAGCUUAGCUAGGCAUCGCCUUCCUUCCCACACACGCUCUUGAGUCUUGACCAGCUACACAAAUUAAUCGAAGCCAGUGUAGUAAUCUAGUUAUAGCCAUGUCCUGCUUCGCCGUGUCCAUGGGCGCCGCCUCUUCCUCUUGGCCGUCGCCGUCGCCGUCGUGGAUGGGGAGCAGGAAGCACGCCUGGCGGCGGUGGUGCGCCGGGCUCGCCGCCGCCGCGCGCUCCAGGCUCCGCCGCGUCCGCUGGGCGGCGGCGCCGGCGGGGCACCGAGCUCAGCGCCGGCGGCCGUCGUCCGUGACGCGCCACGGCCAAGCCCACCGCCGGAGCUUCGCUCCGGUGUACGUGGACGAGCUCUACAGCCAUCAGCAGCAGCAGCCCAUGGGCCUCCGCCUCACCGUCCUGGACCAAGAGGAGCAGCCCAGCACCAGCAAGCCCACGACUACUACUGCCGGAUGGCGUGCGGCUCCGGCAGCUGCAUCGAGUGGCGUGGGGAUGAAGAUGAAGGGUUUGAUGAUGAUGAUGAGCCCGGGGAGGGAAAGAGGGGGGAUGGGGGAAGUGGAUUUGAGGGCGGAGAUGUUCAUCAGGAAGUUCAGGGAGGAGAUGCGGCUGCAGAGCCAGCGGUCGGCCGAGGAGUUCCAGGCCAUGCUCGCAAGAGGCACAUGACAUGAGGUCGAUCAUGAUCCAUCCAUCAUUAAGUAUAAUUUGUGUACAUACGGAGUAUUUAAGAUUAACCAUGCAUGAGGAUCGGAUGCAUGUGUGUAGAUGUUAAGAGUAGCUUGGUUUGGAUUGCAGUUUGGAAAGAAAUUGAUUAAGAAUAGUGAUUAGUGUAGGGUCCCUGCUAGAAGAAGAUUGUAGUGCUUGGUUUUCGUGUCAAUUGUCCAUAACAGUGUUUGUUGAUUCAUAGGUCCGAAAAUAUAUGACAGCAAUAAAGAAAAAGGGUUACAGAAUUA